AGGAGGUGCACAGUGGACUCCUGUGAAGUCCUCCUCUCUCUAAUAUGUCCCUGGACUCCGGGGAUGAGAGUCAUGAGUCCCGGACUGGACCUGAGCCACUGUCUCUUCUACCUGAGCCUGCUGCUGUGGACCAGACGCCUGAGUGGACUGGCUGACUUCUCUAACUACCUGUCCAGGAUCAUCAGCAGCCACUCAGCCCACGCGUGUGACGGACAGCCGCUGCGUCUCCACUGUCCUCGGCACUCCACCAUCUCCAUCCAGUCGGCCUUCUACGGGAGCGGCGAGGUGUGGGCGUGCCGGGCUGACCCCGACCCCCCCCCGCCCGGAGCCCACAACCACAGCUGCUCGGCGUUCACCGCUCUGCAGAAGCUGCUGUCGGAGUGUCAGAGCCACAGAGACUGCCAGCUGCCUGUCAACCACCUGCUGUUUGGGAAGGACCCGUGUCCCGGGACUUCCAAGUACCUCCACGUGGACUACAGGUGUAAACCCACUGAACACAGAAGACAUGUGGCCUGUGAGGGAGACACCCUGGUCGUGGGCUGUAAGCCCCCCAGGCUGCUGAUCAUCUAUGCAGCUGUCUACGGCAGAAGCCUGGGCCACGCUGACACCUGCCCCUCACACCUGACCAGACCCCCCCCUUUUGAGUGUCUCAACCACGAGGCCGUGCACUCGGUGUCCAAGUCCUGCCACGGCAAACAGAAGUGUGCUGUUGCCGUCAGCAACCAGACCUUCAGGGACCCCUGCUUUCCAGGAACCAGGAAGUACCUCAGUGUGAUCUAUUCUUGUGUCCCACAGUCUUUACUCAGGGAGGUCGACCCCGACGUGUUCAGCUCCACCUCGUCUCCGCCUGUGGAGACAGAAAAAGCUGCUCCGGUAGAUCUGGAAGAGCUUUUGGCCAAAGGGUCGAGAAGACCAGGAAACUCGGGAGCCGUGAUGAGCACCUCUCUCCUGACCUACACCUACAUCAGAGAGCAUCCAGAAAUGGCGGCGCUGCUCUUCACCUCCAGCGUGUGCGUCGGCCUCCUGCUCACACUGCUCGCUGUAUCAGUAAGUGUGACCUGCAGAGGGCGCCGGGUCAGAGAUCACAGACUCCAAACCAGGCUGAUUAGUCAGACUGUAAAACGCCAGGUGGAGGAGGAGGAAGACGAGGACGAAGAAGAUGAUGAGGAUGAAGGAACGGAAAGUUCUUUAAUCUCCACCACCGAGCGGAAGGUGGCUUGCGACUGGGAGGAAGUGACUAAUGUGAGUGAGGAAGCCGAUCGAGCGGAGAGGAUCGAGCGCAGAGAUAUGGUCAUACAGGAGAUCUCCAUGAACGCCUACCUGAACGGCAGCUCCUGUUAAACGGACCAGAGACAAAACAAGAGACUUUCAGAGACUUUUGUUUACAUCGUAUGUUUAUGUGUAUUUGCAGGAGGAGUUUUCCUGUUUAUGAAGAAUGUAAUGCU